AUGCCAUCCUCGAGUCGCACAGCUCAGCUUGCACUUUGGCGCGAGAUCGUUUUGAACCGCGAGAGUAUUAAACCAGUAAAUCAACAUCUUGACUUUAUUCGAAAGCGAUUUGAUAAACUCGACUCGGAAGGUUUUAUUUGGUCAAAGGAAUCGGUCCUUGAUAUCUUUCUUCAACUCGGCCUAUCAGAAAGCCCGCAUGACUCUUUCUCGUCUGCGAGCGAAGUUGUUGGAUCUCGCCUUCAAGGAUUUAAAAGUUUGUCCGGUGGACGUAAGGAAGUGAUCGAGAUUCAGAAAUCAGAACACACAUUUCGUCCUCUGGGUCUCAUGGAUCUGCCUAUCGAGGUAUUUGACAACAUACUCAAAAACCUCGAUGGCAUAGCUAAGCUCGAAGCUGCGGAGAUUUACAAAGAAAAGCGCCGCGCUAUGCCGACCGUGGCUAUGGCGACACCAAUUGAUCUGUGGACUGAAGAUAUUCUCCUCAAACACGGCACCUAUGUCCGAUCAUUAUCACUCACACUUUCCGCAAAUUGCACUAAACCUGCUGACUGCGAAAACGACGAAGAUCAAUACAUGGAGCCAAUCUCUCCAGAGAGUGUGAGAGCCUUGAUAAAGCGGUGCCCCAACGUUUCUGAGCUGGGUAUCAAAUGUGAUUAUGAAGCAGGAUACAGAGAUACAGGUGGAACGGAAACUUUUCUGUUAGAGCUGAUUCCGCUAUUAUCAAGUCUCAAACAACUCCGGCACUUGACAUUGGAUGAUGGACAAAAGAUAACUGUCAGGAAUGGACAUGAAUACUUCAAGCUACGAAUUGUGAAUGGAUUAACAUCAGAAAUUGUUGCUAGUCUACCUCUGCUAGAGUCAUUUAAUUGCCAAGCAAUCACAGCAUCUGGAGAUCAACAAAAACUAGGCAAUAGUUCUUUUGGAUUCAAUCUAUCCCAACUCAAAUCUCUAUCGCACUUAACUUUAUGGGAUAUCAAAGAUGUGGAUGUAACUUGGUGUCUUUUUGAUUGGCCCAGGACGAUUACUAAGCUUGUGAUUCAAGAAUGUGUUAAUUUAUCACUGAGCUCAGCACAUCGGCUAAUUAAUCACAUCACACCUUGUCUAACAAUGCUCACCCUUGAAUUUACUCCGAAGUAUCGUGACGACAUUGCGGAGAUUGAUUAUACCUGGGAAGUUGAUCCUACCUGGGAUCCUCACAGUCGUUUCUGUCUUCCAUCUCUGACCGACUUGAAGUUUUCGACCUCAAACGGGGACCUUGUGACCAGCUUUCAAGACUGUAAAUCUCUAUGA